AUGGGGAAGAAGAAGUCAAACACACCCGGGGAAGAACACCUCCUCCUGCCCACGCCUCCGUCUUCUUUAGGCAUCGUCGACACGCACACACAUCUCGCGAGUACCUAUUCUUUCUACCGUCAAAGGUACAAGGAGGGGAAAUACGACAAUGUGUUUGAUUUCAUCAAGGCGAUGUACGAAGGCCGGAACGUGGAGGCUAUCGUGGACGUGUGGUGUGAUGCGCCUGUACAAAAGUCGUGGAAGACGUUUGCAGAUUCGGCGCUGACGCCUGAAGAUCGACAGUCUCGUUGGGGAGGGAUAGAAUAUUGGUUUGCUUUGGGCGUUCAUCCUCAUGACGCCAAACACUACACCGACGCCGUAGAGAAAGACAUAUUAGAAGCAAUGACUCACCCUCGAUGCGUUGCCCUCGGUGAAAUAGGGCUCGAUUAUCACUACGACAACUCACCCCGCGAUGUGCAACGAAACGUAUUCAGACGGCAGCUGAAACACGCUGUUAGGCUGGGGAAGCCGCUGGUUAUACAUACCCGGGAAGCUGAGGAAGAUACGGAGAAAAUAUUGAAGGAGGAAGUGCCGAAAGAUUACAAAAUCCACGUCCACUGCUUCUCCGACUCCCCGGAAUUUGCGGCCCGUCUCCUCGCCCACUUCCCCAAUCUCUACAUCGGUAUAACAGGUGUAAUAACAUACAGCUCAAACACCAACACCUCCGCCGUCAUCUCCCAAAUGUCCUCCGCCUCCCCCUCAGAGCCUCUCCGAAUUCUCCUAGAAACGGACGCACCCUUCAUGACUCCCGGCAACCUCUACGCCUCCCUCCCGGCUUCCUUGAAAGGGAAGAAAUUGCCGUUAUCACAUACGGCGAUGAUACCGUGGACGGCAGAGUUCGUGGCGGGUGUUGCGGGGGAGGGAUGGGAUGUUGACAAAGUUAUGAGGGAGGGGAGGGAUAAUGCGCGGAAGAUGUAUGGGGUUUAGACGCGUAUAUGCAUAUGCCUGAGUCAGAGAUUCGGCGUGGGAUGGAGGAUUGUUAUACGUCUUUUACCCCAUUGCAUCAGAUAGAGGGAAGAACAAAUUCAAAGGGUUACUUGGAUUAUCAGCUUUCAGGAUGAACAUGAAGGUAUUGCGAAACAGAGGCCCUAAUGUAUUGACACAAGAAUACGAUCGGUAAUUGGGAUUGUUC